AAUUUUAAAUCGCGCCAAAAAUGCAAAGAAAAAAAAAGAUCACGUCGGACAGAGCUUUUAGGGUUUGUAGAAGCAGAGAAAGUCUGGAACUUUAAUCUUCCCAUCAACGGAAAUGAAGCCAGGCGAUGAGAUUGAAGUCUCCUCCGAUGAAGAAGGCUUCAAAGGAUCGUGGUACAGAGCCAUCCUCGAAGACCCUCUGCCCCAAUCCGGAAAGAAGAAGCUGAACGUGUCUCUGCUAGCCAACGAUGGUGGCUCCACCACCACCACUCGGAAAGCCACUUACCGGAGAUUCCUCCGGCCGAUUCCGCCGGAAAAUCUCUUCACGGCGGCGGUGGAGUUUGAGGAAGGGUGUGUGGUGGAGGCGUCUAAGAGAGGUGGGUGGUGGACCGGUGCGGUUUUCAAGAGGAUAAACCAUGAGGAUGUAGUUUGGGUUUACUUCAAUUCGCCACCGGAUCUGCUCCAGUUUAAGACAGGACAGCUCAGACAACACUUUGACUGGGUCAAACAAGAAUGGAUCAGACCAAAAAACAAGGUUUUUCUGAGUAAUAAGCAGUCAACAUUUAGAUGUGGGACCAUGGUGGAAGUGAGACUCAACGAUGAUGAUGAUGUGUGGGUACCAUCUGUGAUCGUUAAGGAGAUGGUGAGUAGAAAGAGUUUCAUUGUCAAGCCUUUGAAAUACCUGAGCUGGGAUGAUGAUGGUGAAGAAUCAAAACCAAACAGAACCGUUGGUUUAAGCAGCAUAAGGCUCACACCGCCGCCGCCGACUGUUUCUGCUAAACGGUAUGGAUUGAUGGAGUCUGUUGAAGUGUUUAUUGAUCCUGGGUGGCGUCAAGGGAGGGUGAAGGGUGUUCUCUGUGACAAUAGUUACACUGUGUGUUUGAAGGGAGGAAAUGAGUCUUUGUUGUUCAAACACGAUGCUAUAAGGCCUUCACAGGAUUCAGUCUUGCGAAACACUAGUCAAGUAACUGCUGCCGAUACUCCUCAAACGUCUCUGAGCGCUGAGGAAAAUGGAGAGAUGGAGGUGUCUGAGGAACACAGCAGGGGAGAUGACAAUCGUAAGAAGAAACGAGGAGAAGUAGAGCACAAUCCAGACCUCAGCGAGACUACUGCAACUGCUUUUGUUUCAUCUCUUACCUCUUCCCCGGCCAGUACUGCGACAGCAUUGAAUCAAACAGAGACUGGAACUGAAGAGAUCACUGUUCAGCCGGAGAGCAGCGAAGAAUGUAACAUCCGAAAGAGGACAAGAGAACAUAACCUUGGUUCUUCUACUCCUGUUGUUCAACCAAAAGACACAACCCUGGUUUUGCCUUUUGUGAAGAAGUCACCGUUUUGGAAGAUACUUGAGACAUCAGAAGUCUUCCAGAGAGCACCACAGAGUCCUCAUUUUAGUCCAUUGGUUAAGGAAAGUAAAGAACAGUUCCGUGAAGGGCUUGCCUUUGGAAUGAUGCUCACUUAUUCCAGUUUAUUGGAGAGCUUUAAAGAUCUGGAGCCUCACGUUCCCAUCAGCGAGCUAAACAGUCUUAAGGCUUCCUUGGCCGAGCUAGAGAAACACGGCUUCAGUGUUUCAGCGCCUUUGGCACGGAUCAACAAGUUGCUGUCUCUCAAAGAGACACAGCUAAAGAAAAUGGAGGAGCGAAACAGUUUCAACAGAGAGAUAAUGGCUCUGGAAGAAGGUGUUGGUGAGAUGGAACACAAGAUUCUCGAGUUGGAGAGGCAACAAGUGGCUCUGAAAGAGCAGAGGGAUGCGGCCUACCAAAAUGUGUGUCAGAUUCAGUCGUUCGCGAGAGACAAUGGCAUAGAGCUUGACAAUCUAGAGUCUGAGUUUAAAGCUACUUCGUCUACUCCCUGGGGCGAAACCUAAGUAAAGAAGGAACAAAAGGGCAAGGAAGUAGUUCAGGAUCAGAGUCCAAUGUCUUUUGAGUUUUCUUUUGUAAGUAAAAAAGGCUGUUUUGCCAGAGAGAUAAGUGAACCUAAAUGGUCUUAUUACAGCAGGAUCAUAGCUAACUAUUUAUUUGACUAAAAGCUUUUGUUAUUUAA